AUGCAGCUACGGCACCGUCUACAAGGGAAGAUAUUGCUUCAUGUUCGGUUCAUUGCUGCUCGAGAUUUACAAAGACAACCACCAAAAUUCCUUAGCAAAGUCGCCACCAUUUGUAGGAUCCAUCGCGUUAAUGAUAUUCGUUGUUGUGUUUAUGCUGGGAUGGCUCAAAGAAGCAUUUCAUUAAGAUUGGGAAAGUUACUUGAAAUUGCGAUAGGAGUUGCUCAUGGAAUUGAGUAUUUGCACGAUGGUUGUGAUUCACGAAUCCUGCAUUGUGACAUAAAGCCUCAAAAUUUAUUGCUGGUCUUGAAUUUCAACCCAAACAUCUCAGAUUUUGAGUUGGCCAAAGUGUUUUAUCGAAUUCAAAAGUGCAGUUACACGAUGACUAGAGCAAGAGGACCCCAUUGGCUACAUUGCUCCAGAGAUAUUCUUGAGAAAUCUUGGAAAUCCUUCCUAUGA